AUGUCAAAUUCGGGUUACCGUGGAGGCCCCACAAACUACCAUUUUGGGGGCGACGGCGACCACAACAAACGAAAAAAGCCGUACUUCCCGUCGUCCACGCGGCGCGACUUUAAAAGCCCCGCCUCCGAGUCGCAAGCCGGCGCUGGGAGACCCUCUAUAGUAAACGAAAGAAGAGUUUCGGGCGAGCUCCCGAGCCGACAGCGGUACCGCGAUUCGUCUCGAGAGAACGGUCUAGAUCUGCGAGAUCUAUCACGAGAUCCGCGCGACCUGCGAGACACUUCGUGGGAUGCUAGAGCGUCCGGUAGAGAUAGCGGUAGAGACAGAGAUACAGCUCGAGAUAGAGAUAUUGUUCGAGAUAGAGAUAUUGUUCGAGACAGAGAUACCGGUAGAGAAAGAGAUACAGCUCGAGACAGAGAUAUUGUUCGAGACAGUAGAGAUAUACGUGAGAGUAGGGAGCUUCGUGAUGGAAGAGAUUUGAGAGACGCUCGAGAUAUGCGCGAUGCUCGGGACAUACGAGAUAGAGACAUUAGAGAUAGUAGAGACUCAAGAGACUCGAGAGAUGCGCGUGACCGUGACUCCCACCGUGACCACCGUGAAUCUCUGUUCUCGGCUUCUUCCACAAAUCCCUCGCGCAAUCCUCGCGGAAGCGGAUACAACAAGGAUUAUCGUUACGGAAGCUAUAGUAAACAGUAUUCACUGUACGGCGGGAACUCUUACUCUGAGAGAGGCGGUGCAUAUGGCUCUUUCAGCGGAUCUAAACGUCAAGAACGAACUGAUAGACCCGACCGCGCUGAACGGCCUGAAAGGCCAGAACGGGCAGAUGAGUACUUCUCGAAUUACUCCUCUCGGGACACCAUUGCGCGCGAUACCUCCACCUCGAAAGAUUCCUGGCGUUCGGAAAAGCCACGGCAAAGCAGCGCUCCGAGGUUCAAUCCCAAUAACAUUCCUGUGAACCUGCGAAGCAACCUGUCAUCGAAUGUCGCUCCUACUUCUAGCGAACCCCAGAGGGAUCGAUACGGCAACUAUGACGAUCAGUAUUCUACGAAAUGGAACUCUUACUCGAGAAGACCAGAUAAUUAUUCGCGAACUGAGAGAUCUGCCUCAGACUACAACAUCCGGCCGUCCAACCCUGCAAGAGAUAGACCUGGCUCCUCGAGCCUCACUAAUACUGUUAACCCGGUGAAGCAACGCAUUAGCAAAAGCUUCAGCAGUUACAACAGACAAACAGACCAUUAUCCAAACGGCAAGCCAAACUAUAGUAGCGAGUCGCGUACCCGAGACUAUACUCCGCCCCCAACUGGUCCUCGAAUGAGCAAGGAGACUAACAUGGAAGACAUGCAGCAGGAUCUGCAUGAUUCCCUGUAUCUGUACGACAAGAGCAUAAAGCAAGAUGCACACGGCCAAGUUGAUGACGAGCGUAUAAACGUCAAAAUCGAGCAUGAAAUGUCUUCAGAACAUUCAGGAACAUCUAAACACACCUCUCCUAUGGGCGAUAUCAGCGCAGAAGUAGAGCCAGGUGUAUUGGAUACAUCGGUAAAGGAGGAGACUGAGCUUGGUCAGAAGGAAACAUCUCCUCAAAAUCACCAUGAUGAGCCUGGCGCUGAAAACGAAGAAGAACGAGAUGAUGAUGAAGAAGAUGAUGAUGACGAUGAAGAAGAAGAUGAUGAAGAUGAAGAUGAAGAGGCAAACGAUGAAGACUCUGUCUAUACUCCCCCCAUUCAGACCUCCGCCAUAAGCGAACACAGUACAGAGGAUGGAUUAGGCAUUGAAGAUUCUCAACACACGAAGGUGAAUGAGAUAAGUUCGGCAAAACUUGCAACUCUGUCGUUUAAUCCCGAAUUGGAGCCUGUAAUGUACCCCGAUGGUUGCUCCUAUCCCCAAACGAAGCUUGCAGCUGAAUACGAUCAGUUAGAAGCGCAGUACAAUGCCCUAGAGAGUAAAUCUAAGUUUGCGAACGAAAACGCAUCUCAAGAUUUCACUCACCAUCACUUUUAUUACUUCAACUUGACCAACUUUGUGGAUAACUAUGAUAAACAGUUUAAGAUUGUUUAUGACAAUAAGAAAGAGACGAAGAAGCACCAACUCAGGCUAUGGAUUAAGUAUGAGAAAUUACGGCGCGAUAACGACAAACGCUCCGAGUUCAUGAAGGAACAGCUCCAAGUCUUACAUCCAGGUGAUGAUGAGGCUACAAGGGAGCUUAUGAGCAUUGACACUAGACCAAAAGCAGGCUCUAUCACUCCGCAAAAUCAGGUGGUAGAUGCGGUGCCUCCUGGUGGGCGUCGUAAUCGUCGUCAUGGUGAUUUAGUCACAACUGAGGCAGAGUUCCAGGAGAUUUUGAAAACACUAGAGAAUGAGGAAAAAGAGAGUCCACUUGCGAAGGCGAAACGAGUAGCUGCAACUAUUCCUGACCUUUUGGUAGAUCCAGAUCAAAGAAAGCGUUUUGUUUUCAUGGACUCCAAUAACUUUGUAUUCGAUAAGGAAAAGUGGGCCAGUAGAAUCAACACAGACUUUGUCGACACCUUUACCGAAAUAGAGCACGAUCUCUUCUGUGAAGCUUUCUGUCAAUACCCAAAGAAGUUUGGUCAAGUAUCUCAGGCAAUGGGUGGAUUGAGACUGUCGCAAGAAUGUGUCAUACAUUAUUACAUGACCAAGAAGGCUGUCAAUUACAAAGCCUUGGUGUCUCAGUAUAAAAAGAAGGCAAAGAAAUCGAUUCGUCGAAAGAAGAAGAAGACUUUGCCUCCGUCGUCAGCAGAAGAGUCAUCUCAAGUAAAAGAAGAUUCUGAAAUUGAUGCCGAAGGUUCUGCCGUUCCACUUGUUAAAUCCGAUGAGAAUUCUUCAGUAGAGACUGCUGAUGGUCUCAGACCUGAAAAGAGAAGAAUUGAAGAAUUGACUUCCAACGCUGCUGACGAGCCCUCGAACAAAAAGCCAAGAGAACAGGCAGAUACCUCUCUUCCAGGCGAUGAACCAAUGAAGGCAGAGAGUCCUUCACCUUCUGGUGACAAUGAUAAUGAUGGUGAAGACAUCGAAGAGGAUGAAGAGGAUCUCAAAGAUGGUCUCUCGGGGGACGACAAACGCAAGAAUAUUUCAAGCUACUGGAGUAUUACCGAGACCAACGAAUUCCCACAUCUUCUCAAUCAAUUCGGAUCUCAGUGGUCUAAGAUUGCCGAGAAACUAGCCACUAAGAGCGCCACCAUGGUUCGGAACCAGUACCAAAGAAAGGGAAAGAAAUAUGGCUGGACCAAGGUUGUAGCCGCAGCCGAUCAGCGUCUCGCGCGCAAGCCCUACGUUGCUGGGGAGAACAGAUACUCCAAAUUCGAUACCACUCUUAUUGUCAAACCGCAACGUUCUACGAAUGCAGUAUUGCCAAACACUGAAAUCCACGUCUAUGACACAGGAGAGCAGAAUCAAGGCAAACCCAACAGCGCUCCUUCGGACAGAAUUUCUGUGUCUAAUUUGAUGGGUAGCCCACUCGUGUCUGAGUCAGGGUCACCCACAGUCAGUGGCCAGUUUUCGCCCGUGCCAGCUAAUGCUUCUCCUUCGACAAGAUUCUUCACUCAAACACCGGUAGAGUCCAGCAAUGGACCAUCCGGUGGAUCUCUUUUUUCCAACAGCUCUGAAGCUGUGCCGCAAAUUGCCUCUCAAUCGACUUUCGAGGCGCCUUCUUCGAGCCACUCCAAGCCAUCCAUCAUGAAUCUUCUCAAUGGCGACUCGCCCGUUCGAACGCAGAAUGUUGCAAUCACCGUUGCAGCACCUGUGCGCACAAACAUUUCUUCUUUGCUCAACACCCCGUCUUCUCCCGCUGGUCCUACCGGGUCCAGCCAAAUGUCUAAUGUGGGAGCUCCUCAUCGAAGCAGCAACAUAAACUCUUUGCUUGGAUGA